CUUUCGGAAAGGAAACAUACCCUGUGCGGAUGAUUGAAGGAUAGAAUCGCGCAUCCCUUUCGGCUCUCGGCUUUUUUUGGGGUUUUCCGGGUAACAAGUGCCGUGUCAGUGCUGAAAUAAAAGUAACCCCUUGGUUUCGGUGAAAAAGUGUUAUCCCAAGAGUGUCAGGAAAGUGCCGGUUUGUUUUCGCUUGUGGAUUUAUAACUAGAAACUUAGAGCUAUGGGAAACAUACACACUUGUGGGCCGAACGAGGCGCUUGUUGUAUCAGGAGGAUGUUGCGGUUCGACGAAAAAGCGGACGAUCGUUGGAGGGUAUGCCUUCACCUGGUGGUUCGUCACGGACGUUCAGCGGCUGUCUCUGGAAGUGAUGACCCUGAAUCCUAUUUGCGAGAGUGUCGAAACUGCACAGGGAGUACCACUCACGGUGUCCGGGGUGGCCCAAUGCAAGAUCAUGAAAGCUGAUGAGCUCUUAUCAACAGCCAGCGAACAAUUUUUGGGCAAAACUGUCCACGAAAUCAAGAGUACCAUAUUGUCCACCCUAGAGGGUCAUCUCCGAGCGAUUCUUGGAACUCUCUCGGUCGAAGAAGUUUACAAGGAUAGAGAUCAGUUUGCUGCUCUUGUUAGAGAAGUGGCAGCACCGGAUGUUGGUCGCAUGGGUAUCGAGAUACUUUCAUUCACCAUUAAAGACGUUUUCGACGAUGUCCAAUAUCUUGCCUCCCUUGGAAAGGCGAGAACUGCUGAGGUGAAAAGAGAUGCUGACGUCGGUGUCGCAGAAGCUAACCGAGAUGCUGGCAUUCGGGAAGCAGAAUGCGAGAAAGCAGCAAUGGAUAUUAAAUAUAACACUGACACAAAAAUCGAGGACAACGCGCGACUCUAUCAGCUGCAAAAAGCAAAUUUCGAUCAAGAAGUAAACACUGCGAAAGCUGAAGCUCAGCUGGCUUAUGAACUUCAAGCAGCGAAAAUAAAGCAGAGAAUAAGAAACGAAGAGAUUCAGAUCGAUAUUGUAGAAAGACGUAAGCAGAUUGAAGUUGAGACACAAGAGGUUCAUAGAAAGGAGCAUGAACUCGAAAGUACUGUUCGGUUACCAGCAGAAUCUGAACAUUACAAAAUUGGAAAAGUGGCCGAAGGAAAGAGGUCGCAAACUGUGGAAGCUGCAAAGGCUGAAGCAGAGAGGAUUCGGAUGAUUGGUGAGGCGGAAGCACACGCGUUGCAAGUAGUCGGUGUCUCUGAAGCUGAAAGAAUGCGUAUGAAAGCUGCAGUUUACAAGAAAUAUGGCGAUGCUGCCAUUCUCAAUUUGGUGCUUACCGCAUUGCCUAAGAUUGCUGCUGAAGUCUCUGCACCUCUUGCAAGGACGGAAGAAAUUGUACUUUUAGGUGGAAGCGGUACAAGUAGCGAAGAAAUUACACGACUUGUUGGCCAGUUACCUCCGGCAGUUCAAGCAAUCACUGGUGUUGACCUCUCAAAAGUUUUGUCCAGAAUUCCUGGCGCUAAGUAAUUUCUUGGACAUCCUAAGAUGAAAGUCUACUGCCAGUGACUUCUACUAUAUUUCGGCACCGAGAUUCAUCACCACAUUGGUUCACUCUAGCUAAAGCUUUCCUCUUCUGGCAAUGAAAUGACAUUCGGCAAAUGGCUAUAACAAACUAUUACAAUUAGGAAUUCGAUACCAGCACCGAAAAUGUAACACUUUUACUCUUCUGAACUGCCUACAAUAUUUAAAUUGUAUUCUAUCUCUGAAGUUACUGUCAGUUUAGACAUUCUUGCCUUUAUCGUCGAGGUCAAGAUCUGAGGAAAAUCCUCAAUUUUUACUUCACAAAAAAAAAUGUUAGGAAAAUUUCACGAAGCCUUGCCGAAAGUCCUUCUAAAUUUGUAGAAUUUUAUUUUAAUUAAUUGAAACAAGUUUGACUUAACAUUAUGAGAAAUAAGUAUUCAGAAAUUAAAAGUUACCAUCGACCAAAAGAUAAUAUAUAAAGUUAAACUUGUUUCAAUUACAAAAUAAAAUAUCGUGCAUGCCUUGAUCAGAUUUUCUUCGUUAAUAUUUUAGUUGAUGACGAGAAGUUUCAUUUUAUUAUGCCAAGAUGCUUUUCUAUCGCCGAUUACUAAAAUUCAUAUAAUUAUGAUCAGCAUUGAUAGAAAAGUCGUGUCGAAUAUGUAUCGAAAAUAAUAUUUUCUUUAAAUAAAUAAAUAAAAAUUUUCUUUUUAUUAUUUUCGAUAGCAUAUAAAUAUAUUAUGUAAAAUAAGAAAUGAAGUGUAUUAUUUUUAAUUUACUAUAAUUUAUAAUUAAGUUAUGUUUCAUUAAUCCACAAUACGCAGUUGAAUUUUCAAGUUUCCUUACAUGUACGUUAUUAGUACAUGGCAAUAAAUUAACUUUUAGAUUUACAUUAAGUAAUGAGGGCCGUAAAAUUGGCAUCACUGUGUUCGAUAAGUCCGCAGACUCAAAUUCGCAUCUUGCCUUUGAUCAAAAGUGUCAUUUCAUUUGAGAAAUAAAUUUCAAAUCAGAAUUUACCAAAAUUAGGAAAUUUAUUCCAUAAUUUAAUGAAAGUUCCCUUAUUUUUUAAAAUCAAAAUGGGUGAUGAGAAUAUGAGUCCAAAUUUCGGCUUUAAUUGAAAUUUAAAGGAAAUGACUAAGUUAAUUCAAUAAUCUGCAGUAGACAAUUAUAUUUAAAAAAAUUAGUAAAAUAAAUUUCGCAAGCGUAUUGUGAUCGACUAAUUCGAUCACUGUGUUCAACUUAAUGAGGUGACGAAAAAAAUUUUAAUUCCAUUUUUAUACGUAAUUUGACAAACAGGUUUUUUUAAUUUAUCUUGUACAAUAUAUUUCUAUACUAUAUAUUUUUUAAUUUCAAUGUGUUGUUUACGAAGAAGUUAUACGAACUUACCUUUUAAACUUUUCGAGUUUCUAAUCAAUACCGCAAAUUAUAAUUCUAUGAAUAGUUGUGUUGCGAGUCGAGUUCUACAUUAGUAAUUGUUAGUAUUUUUACAAUCGUUUCUCUGUCAAGAAGUAAAAAUGAUUGUUUAUGAGAAAUUUAAAGUGUAUUGAACUUAAUUCUUCAAAAUUGAAUUCCGAAAUACACUUUUCAUUCCUUAUAAUUUAUCAUAAGUGUAAUUUACAUUUUUUAAAUCUUGCCUUAAACUCUGUGCAGUGGCGGACUGGCGUGGGACUAAAUACCUCGGCCAUUUUACUUUUUUUUUACAAAUUUGACAAAUUUUGUUACCGGUGUUUAAGACCGGUCAAAAAUACUUUUACCGGGACGGUUAGUUCUUCCCAGUUCGCCUCUGGCUCGAGGUUUAAAAUCACUCACUAUUUUAUACUUUUGUAAAUAAUCAAUAUUUGAUUUUAACUUGAUAUUUUAAAUGUGCCAAUGUAACUUGAAAACGUAUUUCGAUUUCUUUCGAGUGUUUGAUGCUUUUUAAUUCCAGAUUUAUUGUUUAUUAAACUAAUCAGAUGUUUUUAGACUAAUUUUGUUCACCCAUUAAAUAUACCGCGAGUGUUCCAAAUUGUCUUGUUUAUGUCUAGUUGUCGAGGAUUUAAGUUAUCAGUAUAAAAAUAAAAAUAGUAAAAGAAUUCGUCGUCAAUCAAAAUUAAGCUAAUUUAACCAAAAUUUUCUAUUAAUUCUUCGUAUUUGAAUUUCAUCACGAUUGUACGAUUUAAACAAAAAUAUCUAAUUGUAAUGUCCAAUUUAGGUAGCAACUUGCGACUCGCUGAAAUGUCAAAAAGAAAUGUAAGUCUAGUCUUUUAUAUACAAUGAAAAUAAAAAACAAUGUAUAUUUUGGAAUCUACGUGCUAGAAAAAUAACACAUUAAUUCUCUACUGAAAGUA